CAGAAGUUUGUUCUGCGUMAAUCACAAGACUUGUCGAUCAGAGAUCUUCGGGUUAUUCCUGCAUUUGGGGACGCGGGUGCAAAUUCGGCAAUAUUUUAUCAGAGYUUGAAGUUGAAUAAUUGUGUGUCAUGAGUGUAAAUGAAGUAAGAGUAAAGCGCGUUGACGAUUCGAAGAAAUUCCAGGUGAAAGGGACAGGACCUGAAUCGAAUCGAACGUUUGCAAUCGGAAAUGAAGACCACACGCUGGGAAAUGCYCUUAGACAUGUACGUUUAAUCUGUGAGGAAAUCUAUGAUUCCACGACGCAUCGAGUACUCGAAUUGAUCUAAUCCUUCCCGAUUGUACUGAUUUCUUCACAGAUUCUGAUACAAAACUCAAAGGUUGAGUUCGCAGGGUACUCUGUUCCCCAUCCAUCCGAGCCGAUAGUUCACAUUAGGGUACAAACGCAUCAACCAACAACUGCUCUCCAGGCACUUCAAGAGUCUUGUGAAACUCUGAACAGUCAGUGCGAGUACGUUCUGCAACAGCUAGAGGAAAAAUUGCCCGAAGUAACUGCCGACUCAAUAGCGUUGCAAGCGAAGCUAGCAGAAAUGCUAGARGACGAUGAAGAAGAAGGCGAUGAAGAAGACGUUUGUAUGGAAGAGUAGGUGUAAAUUUGACAUUGUAACGUCA